UAGAUAUGCCAAUGUUGUUCUGUGUCUUAAAAUCCACCCUGGAGGCUGUACUGUAUUGCUACAGAAGAAGCAGGACACACCCUUGCUGCUAUUUAUAAAAAGAGCAAAGCCGGCUCUUUGCAGUGACUGACAAGCCAGGAAUCAGAUCCCUUCCAAGGUCAGGUUGUAUUCGCUGCCAUGGAUUUUGCUCCAGAGAAGAAAGAGGCCUUCAUCGUAACUCGAGAGAUCUGUGCUGGCAGGAAGAAGAUCCCCUUGGGGUCUAUAGGAUGCUUUGUGGAGGGCAAGCACAGCAAAGGUCGUAUAGUUGACAUGAAGUCCAGGCCUGUCAUAGCCCUGAUGAGCAGCCACAUAAGACCUCUCAGCCGACACCAGGCUGCCCUGUUGCUCACCAUUGAGAGCCCACAAAAGAGGCAUAGCCUGUUCUGCAAUGAACAGCUCUUCUCUUCAAUUUGCUGCCUGAGGAUCCACGAUGUGCUGCAACUAAGAUACGGCAGAGUGGCGACUGUUGGUAUUGUGAGGGGCUUCUGGGAACGGCGCAGGAAACCGGGCAGUGGAGAGCUGAGGAUGGUCCUCAUUGAGGUGGAGUUGCUGGAUCCAGGAAUUAUUGCCCUUGGUAACAGCUCCUCCAGGCUGAAAAUCGAUGCAAGCAAGAUUGUCGCUGUUAGCUCCAGCAUUACCAAUCCCGUUUGGUGCAAAGAGAUUGGCCAGAGAUCCCUUAAGAAAGCGGGCAGUUACAUAAUGGAGCACUUGGCAGAGGAUGAUGCUGAGACAGCAUGGGAACAUGACGUCCUGCAGAAGAUGGAAGGCAUCAUGAAGGGCAUCCAGGGGCAUUGCAACUCCUGCUACCUAGACACUACCCUCUACAGUUUAUUCAGCUUCUCCUCUGCCUUGGAUGGCAUCCUCUAUUCAUCUGACGUGCGCGAUGCAACAGUGCAGCAAAUCUUGAGGCAGCAGAUUGUGCAGCCUUUGAGACAGCAUGGCUAUGUGGGAGCUGAGAAUGUGAUGAACUUGAGGAGGUCGCUGCGAUGUGACAGCUUUGUUACAGAAGAGAAAGAUCCAGAGGAGUUUCUGAAUGUCCUUCUCAGAGAGGUCUUGGCUGUAGAACCCUUGCUCAAAAUCAGGUCAGACAACGAAGUGCUAGAAUAUAAUUGCUACCAGAUCCUUGCAGAGAAAGAUGCUACAAUCAAAGUGCCCACUGUGCAGCAGCUACUGGAAAGAUCCCUGCUCUCAUAUGGCUUAAAGCUGGAUGAGAUUCCUUCAUGCCUCAUCUUACAGAUGCCUAGGUUUGGGAAGAGCUAUAAGAAGUUUUCAUCAGUGUAUCCCUCUCUCGAGCUUGACCUCACAGAUAUGGUGGAGCAAGCUCCACGGGUGUGUUGUGUUUGUGGAGGAGAGGCAGCCCACGGAUGCUCACGGUGCCAACUGGAUUCCCUCCUGCAUCCCAAACUCAUUAAACUGUUUGAGAACCUUUCUAAGCCACCAUCUCAUCGAAUUGGACCGAAGCAUCCUUACAAAGGACUAGGACCCAACAGCCCUCCCACGAAGCAGUGCACCUUGGAUCUCUUUGCCGUCCUUUGCAUAGAAAGCAGCCAUUAUGUGGCUUUUGUUAAAUACGGCCCCUUGAGACACUCCUGGCUUUUCUUCGACAGCAUGGCUGGCACACUGGAAAAUGAGAAAGGAACUAACAUUCCUGUGGUCAAGGCCUGCCCUCAGAUUGGAGACUAUCUGGCUAUGACACCCGAGGAAUUUGCUACUGUGGACACCAAGCAGAUGGAUGCUUUUUCCAGAAGAUUUUUCUGCGAUGCUUACACAUUUAUGUACCAAAAGCCACAGCACGCUUCUUACAAGUAUUGGUUCAGAAACUGAGCUCUCUCUGAGCCAGAUCUUGGAGGGAGAAUUUAAAAGCUCACAAGGACCACCAUCUUUCUGUUGGGAGACAGAAGCAUGAAUGCUGGAACUGCCAGGUUAUAGGCUUCUAAUAAACCCCACCUCCAACGUAACAGCAUUGGUCUGCGUUAUAGCAAGCCAUUGCUUUCAAAGCCAUAUUUUCUGGACAAUCAUUUUCUGGAAUUAUCUUCCGGCUUACACACUGGUGUAAAGGUGGAAAUCCCUCUCCGCUUUGCAAGAUGCCAAGGAAGACUGCCCAAGUGAUUGUGGUGUGUUCAUCUCUACAACACCUGUAAGGUGAAUAGAGAUAUUUUCCUGAAGGAACAUCCCAACCUACCUUGACUGGCAGCAGAGGAUGCUGUACCUGUGCACCAGGUGGGCAUCAGCCUUGUUCACUGAAGGCUUCUGAAGCUGCUUUCAUCUGGCACUGAAAAUGAGCUCUUGCUAAUACAUACAAUUUAUUUGUUGAACAUUCAUCCUGAUUUGCAUCUACAAAGCUUACAUGGAGGUUAGAUU